UCUGUUCGCUCAACUGUUCUACUUAACAAACCAUUUCUCGACAAACUCUUCCUUCUUCUUCUUCUUCUUCCACUUUCUCUCCAUAAGCACAACCAAGAAACAAAAGUCCACCCCAAAGUCUUCCCUCAUUUCUUCUUUAAAUCUCUCCUUCUUCAUCUUCCCAUUUCAACAUUUCCCAAAUCCCAAAAUUCCAUUACUUAUUUCCAAUUUCGGGCAUUCAUGGAGGCACAAGCAUCCACAAUCAAUCAUCCAUUCGGCGACUCCUUUGCAAUGCAGCUCACCGGAAAAAUCAUGUUCGCUGCCAUUUUAAUUCUCUGUUUAGUCAUUGCCUUCGUUCUCCUUCUCCAGCUUUACUCCCGUUGGUUCUUAUCUCGCCUUCACCAAUCCUCCUCUGAUUCCGCCACCAAUCAAGAAUCUCCUGUUUCCACUACAUUGCGCAAGGGCCUUGAUUCCGCCGUCCUCCACUCGAUUCCGGUGGUGGUGUUCUCCCCGGCGGAUUUCAAAGAGGGAUUAGAAUGUGCUGUGUGUUUGUCGGAGUUAAGUGAAGGUGAGAAAGCUCGGUUGCUUCCGAGAUGUAACCAUGGCUUCCACGUCGAUUGUAUUGAUAUGUGGUUCAAAUCGAAUUCCACCUGCCCUCUUUGUAGAAACCCAGUGGCAAUCACAGAACCGAAUUUAGAACAGAAUCCAGAAACUGAAUCUUCAACGGAGUCUCCGAUUUUUCCUACUAAUGUUCUGUUUUGGGGGAAUCAAAUGCAGGUUAGUUCAAGAGGGGUUUGUUUAGAAGAACCUCAAAUUUCUUCUUCUUCUUCUUCUUCUUCUUCUCCUUCUUCUCCUUCUUCAGCAAAUGCAAUGGUGGUAAUUGAUAUUCCAAGCCAGCCCUCUACAUCCGGCGCCAGCACUUGUUUCGCCGAUGAAGAGAUGGGAUCGGUUGUGACGAACAGAUUGAGAACAUUGAAAAGGCUUUUGAGCAGAGAGAGAAGAAUUGGGAACAAUCCCAUUUCUUCAGAUAUUGAACAAGAAGGGAUAGGGCAGAGCUAAAGAGAAUUAAGAAGAAAAAAAAAAUCGAUUGUGGUUUUUUAAAAUCUCUUGCACAUAUAGAAGGUUAGAAGAAUCGGAUUUUUUUUUUUUUUCAUUUUGAAAAUUGUUUUUGAGUUUCAAGCAAGAGACUGUGAGGUUCAUAGUCCGGCUGUUGCCAUUGUAAAACUUGGAAUUAUGUGGAUGAAAACAAAGAAUUGAUUGUAAUGUGAAAAACAAGAAGUGGGUUUCAUUUAUGUUAAAUUUGAGAAAUGGAGAGAAGAGAGUUCAUCUUCUUGGGUUU